AUGUUAAUUGGCUUAAGUCCUCUUUCAAAAACACCUGGAAAACGAGUACUUGAUCAUGGCGGACAUGAGUCUUGUGGUCUUCCUCCGAACUUUAAGCAUAUGAAGGUGGAUCCCAUUAGACUAUUUCCAAGAGGAUGUGGUGCACAAGCCCCUGCAAUUAGUGAAAGAAGAACUGAAGGUGUUACUACGGUAACUGAAGGUGUUACUACGGUGACCGCCACUACGGAUGCAAUUAGACUAUUUCCAAGAGGGUGUGGUGCACAAGCCCCUGCAAUUCGUGAAAGAAGAACUGAAGGUGUUGCUACGGUGACUGCCACUCCAAACUUGAAAAAUCAGGUGGAAAUGACCGAUGUACUUGAGGCGAUGAGGGUUCCAGUAUCGUGUGGUAAGGUUGAAGCACUGGAAAGCAAAAUGACCCUGGACAAUGUGGGGAUGAAGAUGCCAAAAGGAUUGGCGAGGGUGUCGGAAAAUGGUGCUCAGACUAGGCAGACUGAUGUGGUUGGCUUGGAAACCUCGUCUCCUCCUCCAUUGCGUGCUAAAAUGUGUCUGCCUCCAAAGAUCCGGAAAGGUGUUCCUGUGUCUCGUGAAUUUCCCCCACACUGUGGAACGAUUAAUCAAGUUGACAAUGCGGAAGUGAAGUUGCCAAGGGCAUCGGGAGAAGAUGGAUUGAUAAAUUUGUUGGAAAAUGUUGCUCAGCCUAAGCAGAUUGACGCUUUGAGUAGCUUGAAAACAUCGUCUCCUCCACCAUUGCGUGCUAAAAUGUAUCCGCCUCCAAAGAUCCGGAAAGGUGUUCCUGUCUCUCGUGAAUUUCCUCCACAUUGUGGAACGAUUAAUCAUGUUGACAAUGCAGAAGUGAAGAUGACAAGGGCAUCAGGAAAAGAUGGAUUGAUAAAUUUGUUGGAAAAUGUUGCUCAGCCUAAGCAAAUUGACGCUUUAAGUAGCUUGGAAACAUUGUCUCCUCCCUUGCAUGCUGAAAAGUAUCCACCUCCAAAGAUCGGGGAAGGGGUUCCUGUCUUACAUCAAUUUCCUCCACAUUGUGGAAAGAUUAAUCAUUUCAAAAAUGUGGAAAUGAAGUUGCCAAAAGCGUCAGAGAAAGAUGAUCUGACAAAAACGUUGUCUCCUCCUCAUGCAGUGUCAAAUGAUUUUACUUUGUUUGACAAUUACCAAUCAAUUACUAGUCGCAAUAAAGUGAUGAAGACUCUGAAUUUAUUCAAAAAGAUAUUUGAAGAGCUUUCGAUUGAACAUCAACCAAAUUCAAAAAGACGAAGGAAGGCUGUUGGACAGAGUGAAAAGAAGGCUGCUGGACAGAGGCAUGUAGAAGCAGCGAUGGUUCUCAAAAGGCAACAAAAAUGGAUUAAUACAAGUGGGCGUAUCUUGGGACCUUUCCCCGGGGUUGAGGUUGGCGACCAGUUUCAUUUUAGAGUUGAACUUGUUAUUAUUGGCCUUCAUCAGCAGUUUGUAGCUGGUAUAGACUACAUUAAGAAAGAUGAAAAGAUUUUUGCCACAAGCAUUGUGGCAUCUGGUCGUUAUGGCAAUCAUGCAGAAUCUUCUGAUGUUUUGAUAUAUUCAGGUCAUGGUGGAAAUCCAUUGGUUGAGAAUACGAAACCCGAAGAUCAAAAACUUGAACGAGGCAACCUUGCCUUGAAGAACAGCAUGGAUGCAAGAACUCCUGUCCGGGUUACCAUUGGUCAAAAACAAAAUUUGGGGGAGUCCAAAAUUAACAGUACAAGUAAAGCGAGGAUUGGAAAAAUAUAUGUCUACGAUGGGUUGUACCUGGUGACCAAGCAUUGGCAAGAAAGAGAGCAACAUGGAAAAUUGGUAUAUAUGUUUCAAUUGAAUAGACUACCUGGACAACCAAAAAUCCCUUGGCAAAUAGUGAGCAAGUCAUCUAAAGUCUCCAAGAAUUUUUGCGUGGUAAGUGACAUUUCUAAAGAGAAGGAAGAUAUACCCAUUAAUGCAGUGAUUGCCAACGAUGAUGAUAAACCCCCUUCUUUCACUUACAUAAAAAAUAUGAUAUAUCCAGAGUUGCUCAACCACUCUAGUCCAAUUGGUUGUGAUUGCAUCGAUGGAUGCUCGGAUUUGAAGAGCUGUUCCUGCACCAUAAAAAAUGGUGGUGAAAUUCCAUUCAAUGACGAUGGGGCUAUGGUUAAACAAAAGCCCAUUGUUUAUGAGUGUGGUCCUUCUUGCAAAUGCCCUCCUUCUUGCAAGAAUAGAGUUAGCCAACAUGGUAUACGUUAUGAAUUAGAAGUAUUUAAGACCAACCUAAGGGGAUGGGGUGUUAGAUCACGAAAUUCUAUUUCCUCCGGAAGUUUUAUAUGCGAGUAUGUAGGGGAGUUGCUUCGGGACAGGGAAGCUGAGAAAAGAACUGGUAACGAUGAGUACUUAUUUGAUAUAGGGCUCGUGGAUGAGGAUGAGGAGGAUGAGGACGAGGACGAGGACGAAGACGACCCUGGCUAUACUAUUGAUGCGGCACACAGUGGAAACGUUGGAAGGUUCAUCAAUCACAGUUGUUCACCCAACCUUUAUGCCCAAAAUGUUCUUUAUGAUCAUGAUAACAAGAGAAUGUGUCAUGUCAUGCUAUUUGCUACGAGGCUCAUUCCACCCUUACAAGAAUUGACUUAUGAUUACAACUAUAAGGUGGACCAAGUUCACGAUGUUAAUGGCAAUGUCAAGAUGAAGGAAUGUCAUUGUGGUUCGCGGAAGUGCACCGGGAGGAUGUAUUAA